UUUUAAUGAUAUUAUACCACAGAUAAUCAACUUCACUUCAUUUCUUAUGUCUAGUCUCUCAUAGUCUCUAUUUCACCCUGUCCUAUUAUGUCUAACUUUCUAUAGUUAGGAUUAUAUCUUUCUUCAUGAUUAACUUAUUACAGAAUAUUCAAUCACGCGACGAAUCACAUGACUCACAUUGUUAAAUCUUAAAGUAGUAAUUUUUUCUAAAACAUCUUAAAUGAUUCAAGUUUAUUAUUUCAAUUACAUCAUUCAUUCAAUUGAACUAUAAAUAUGUCAAAUAAUGUUCAACAUGAACUGAAACAAACAACCACUUCUGAUCCUUCAGACAAGAUAACCUACCUUUUGAAUCUAUUAGGUAAGAAACUUCCUAAUCAAUCAUCAUCUGCUCCACCACCUCCUGUUACUGAAAACGAUUCAGAUUACGAAGAUAUCAUGACUGAUGAAGAACAAGAUAUUUAUACGUUUGAUACCAAACAACAAUUAAUCCAAUCAUUAUAUUCCUCUCACGCCAAAUUCAAUCCAUCCUUAUCUCCUCAUGAUUUCAAUCAAGAUCAAGAUCAAUUAAAUAUCAAUAACAAUGAUAAGAAUGAGAAAUCAUCUACGAUUUUACAACAACAACAAGUGGAAUUAUUAAUCCUUGAAACGUUUAAAGAUCAUCCUCAAUUACAAUUCUUAACCGGGAAACACUUGAAAUAUCUUGAUUUAUCCUUACAUUCGAAAUUACCGGCCUAUUUCAAUGCUCUUGAUGCUAAUCAUACUUGGAUGAUGUAUUGGUUAAUCAAUGCUCAUAAACUUAUAAAUCAAUCCACCGUUGAAAUCGAUACCGACACCAUUGAUUUGAUUAAUGAUAAAGUUGAAAGUUGUAUUAUUAAAGAUGGGAAAUAUGGUAUUUCAGGUGGGUCUAAUCAAAUCGGUCAUAUCGCAUCGACAUUCUCGGGAAUAUUAACCUUAGUAUUAACCAAGAAUUACCCCAGAUUAUUGGAAAUUAGAUCUCAUUUAUAUCAUUGGUUCAUAUCACUUAAACAAUCAGAUGGUUCAUUCUUAAUGCAUAUCAAUGGUGAAAGUGAUUCAAGAUCAGUAUAUUGUGUAUUGGCCAUCUCCGCCUUAUUAAACUUACAUACUGAUGAAUUAACUAAUCAUAUCUUAAAUUGGAUUAAUAAAAAUCAAUCGUAUGAAGGUGGAUAUAGUAAUAAUGCUCAUAAUGAGUGUCAUGGAGGUUAUUCAUUCUGUUCCAUGUCGAUUUAUUAUCUUCUCUUUACCCAUAAAUCUCAGUUCAAAACUGAUUCCAAGAUCAAUCUUGAUAAUUUAAUAAGAUGGUUAGUGAUGAGACAAUUCGCCAUUGAAGGAGGAUUAAAUGGUCGGACUAAUAAAUUGGUUGAUUCAUGUUAUGCAUAUUGGAUUGGAGCCAUUUAUCCUAUGAUUGAAGUAUUAAUCGAUCAACCUAUUUUCAAUAGAGAUGGAUUAAAAACGUAUCUCUUAAAAGCAGGUCAAAAUUUCGAUAAAGGGGGAUUUAGAGAUAAGCCAGGGAAAUCAACUGAUUUCUAUCAUACCAAUUAUUCAUUAUCAGGAUUAAGUGUAUGUGAAUAUACCUAUGAUUUAGAAAGUGAUGAUACCAAUGAUGAUGAUGAUGAUGAAUUAUUGGCAUUUAAAUUUAAAGUGGCCAAUAACGAUGACAACGACAACGAUGAUGAUAAUGAAAAGUUUACGAAUGCUAUACAUCCCAUAUUUGGAAUUCCUAUAACUGAUGUUAAUGAAAUAAGACAAUAUUUUAAAAAUUUUCCAAAACCUAUAUAAUUAUCCCUAUGUAAUUAUAUAAAAAAAUAAACUAUAAAAAAAAACAUUAAAUAAAUUAAAUAAAUAUACAUGAUGACGAUGACGGUUAACGAAUGAUCU